ACAAGUGAAUGCACUUACUUUCUGGAUCAUUUGUUGGUUCUCAAGAUGAUAUUUUUGAACACCCUAAAAUACCUCCAGAGUAAUGAAUUUCUCUUAGAUGUGGAUUUGUGGAGACUUUUUGCAAACUUGGAGGAGUUAAACAAGAUAAGUCUCAGUUUUCUGAAAACUUUCUUUCAAACUGUGAAGGAGCAUGUCAGCAAGACAGACUCUCCCAUGGAUUUCAGCUCCAUACUCAGAAUGUUUUUCCAGGGUGACCUCUGCCAGACACACCAGAUUUAUUGCCUUAAUUAUACUUCUGCUGUCUUCUACUUGGAAAAACUGAGACUGAGAGAAGAUUUUGGCAUCUACCUGAAAUGGUGUGAACAAAAUGAACAAUGCAAGAGGUUGCAUCUGCCAGAGCUGCUGGUCGCUCCUCUGCAUCGACUGACGCGCUAUCCUCUCCUCCUUAACAACAUCUGGAAGAGGAGCACUGAUGAAACAGAGAAAGGCCUUAUCCAAUCACUUAAGGAGAAAGUGGAAAAGUCCAUAUGGGACCUGGAAGGUAAAGUCAAGUGGUUGGACAACUUUCAGAAGUUCAGGCAGCUGCAAGAGGUCAUAAUUUGGCCUCAGGUCUGGGAUCGUGACAAAAGGUUCUUUGUCCCAGAGUGUUUGAAGCAAAGCUUACGAGAAAACAGCAGUGAAAACAUUUUGUCUUCAGCGAACAGACUUCUCCUUCAUGAAGGGAGGUUGAUGUUAGCAGAAAGCACAAGACUCCUUGAUGUCUACCUCUUCCUAUUUGAUGAUUUCCUACUAAUAACCAAAAUCAAGCGCAACAAAAAGAAAUAUGGGGGUUCAGACACCAGCUUAAUCCCUGUCUGUCCUUCCCUCACUCCUGAACUGCAGUCCUUCAUAAGAGAGGGCGGAUUUUGCACAGUCCUGGACCAGCCCAUCCCACUAGACAGACUAACACUGAAGAACAUUGAACCUGUCCAAGUUACAGUCUUCAGCCUGCGAAAUGCUUUCCUAAUACAGCAUGAAAAUAGGUAUCGGCAGUGUAUAGCAGUCUUCUUGCUACAAGCUCCAACAGAGACUGCCAAGAAAGCAUGGAUGUCACAGAUAGAAAUGGCAAUCGCCAAUUACACCACAAGACAUGAAACCAGGAAAAGCACGGAGUUCUGCUUCCCAGUUGAAUCCUCUGAAAUUUAACAAUGCCAGCACUGCACCGACAGAGCCAGUGGAAGACUGUUGUAGUGAAAACACAGUUAUCUCUUCCAGAAUGCCUUAAGUUUCUGAAACUAACAGAUUUCUGACUUAACUAGACAAAAAAGUGAGCAGUUUGGACCAUGCCAUGUAGGAAUAAAUUGGAGAGGGAGAAUGAGCCAUGAAACAAAUGUAUGGCUCCUAGAUGCUCUUUGCUUCAUUUAGGGAAGACUGUCUCCACGCAGGGAAACUUUAAUACAGCCUGUAAUUUCCUAGAAGCAUGACAGGAAAAAACUCCUAUGUUGGUGAGGAGAAUUCAUUCACCAGAGAAGUCAGAAGGCUAAUUCCAU